AUGCACUUUUAUGGUUUUUCAGCCAAUGGAGAUGGAGACCUCGCGUCACAACGUGGUCAGGCUCAAGAAACCGAGUCCCUCCAACCACCAACCCUCACCUCUCCAGACACCCCAGCCACCCCUCCGACUAAAACAAAUGCCCCCAGAACAGCAGUUGUGAAAAAAUCAGCUCCAGUCUGUUGGGGUGAAAAUGAUCCCUCCCCCCAAAAAACUUGCAAGAACCCCCCCAGUAACCAGGGGUGCAGAGACAAGUCCGAUUAUUUACGGCACGUGAAGCACCGCGUGGAGGAGAAGCUGUUUACCUGCAGCGAGUGCGGGAAAGGCUUCACCGGAAGCUCCCAGCUUGAGCGUCACGUGAGGACACACGCCAGGGAGAAGGCAUGUAUGUGUCCUAAGUGUGGGAAACCCAUCAGCCAGAAGUCUGGUCCAAAAGGUCAGACGGGGACCAGCGGGAAAGCAAAGCCUUCGGUCUGCUCGGGGUGUGAAAAAAUCUUCAGCCGGGCGCCUAAAGUGACGCGGCCCUUGAGGAGCCGGCACCUGCAAAGAGGUUUCGAGUGUGAGGUGUGCGGCAGGCUCUUCAGCCGGAGGGAGAGUGUGUUGAGGCAUAGCAUAAUCCACACGGGAGAGAAACCCUACCCCUGUCCGCGGUGCCAAAGACGUUUCGGCCGCAAGGAACAUCUGAACAGACACCGCGGGGCCGACGGCAUGGAGUGCAAGGGCCAGGGCAAAAAAAGUCCAAAGAAGGCUCCAUUCACUAACAGGGACACUGAGGAUAAGCAGAGCGGUGGUGCCACCAAGGAGCCAGAAGCAGAUGCCAAUAAUAUCAGGAUAAGAGCUGAAGGAAUCAAGGCAGAACCUGAGGACCCGGGAUUCGUAGAUCCUGAUAAUAUGAUGAUGAGUUCUAGACUUCCUAACGGGGUCGAGGCAGAGCCCAAGGAUCCCCAAUUUCAAUAUGCCGAUAACAUGGAAAGCGAUAAACUUCCAAACUGGGUCAAAGCAGAACCUGGGCACCCGAACGUGGCAGACGCAGAUAAUCCAUCGACCGGUGGUAGACCUCCUAACGAGAUUGAGGUGGAACGGGAAGACCCUACACUUUCAGUUGCUGGUGUUACACCUCCUAAUGUGACCGAGCCAGAACCUGAGGAGCCCAAUAACAUGGCGAGUGAUAAAAUUCCUACCUGGAUCAAGACAGAACCUCAGCACCCUAAAUUUACAGGUGUUGAUAAUAUGAAUGCCAGUUCUAGACUCUCUAACGGGAUUCCGCUAGAACCUGAGAACCCUGAAUUCCUAAAUGCCAAUAGUACGGCAAGUGCCAAACUUCCUAACUGGAUCAAGGUGGAAGCUGGACACCCUGAAUUGCAAUUUGUCGAUAAUAUGGCACAUUCUAAACUUCCUAACUGGACCAACGCAGAACCUGAGAACCUUACGUUUUCAGAUGUAGAUAAUACAUUAACAAGUGCUAGACUCCCCAACAUGAUUAACGCAGAACCUGAAGAACCUACAUUUGCAGAUGCAGAUAGUACAUUAACCAGUGCUAGACUGCCUAACGGGGCGGAGGUAGAACCUGAGGCCCCUGCAUUUUCUGACGCUCCUAAUACAAUGGCAGGUUCUAACCUUCGUAACGUAAUCGCUGCAGAACCCGAACACCCUGAAAGCCCGUAUGCCACAAUUAUGACAGGUGGUAAACUUCCUAAUUUGAUCAAGGCAGAACCUGGACAUGCUAAAUAUUCUAACGGGAUUCAGCUAGAACCUGAGAACCCUGAAUUCCCAUAUUCCAAUAACUUAAUAAGCGAUAAGCUUCCUAACUGGAUCAAGGUAGAACCUGCAGAUAAUACAUUAACGAGUGCUAGACUCCCUAAGGGGAUUGAGGUAGAACCUGAGGACCCUGAAGUCCCAUAUUCCAAUAAUACAGUAAAUGAUAAGCUUCUUAACUGGAUCAGGACAGAACCUGAGCAGCCUAAAUUUCCAGAUGUCACUAAUACAAAGACAAGUUCUAAGCUUCCCAACUGGAUCAAGAUAGAACCCCAGGACCCCGAAUUUGCUGCUCAAGAGGCCAGACAACCACGUGUUGCCAGCACACCAGACAGGUCCUCCCCAAAGACUUUAGACAAUGUAACACGGCAGGAGUUAAGUAGUAAUAAUGGUCCGGAAUAUUCUGCUGAGCGGGGCUUUUUAGAGCGUUAUACUUACCGUGCGCAGACGUCUAACCGCGGGGAGAUGCAACGUGUGGAGGAACCGUAUGCCUGGCAGGAAGGGAAACUAUACGCCUGCCUGAAGUGCGGGAAACAAUUUAGUCGCUGUAUUCAGCUUGAGGUGCACUUGAAAGGGCACGGCGGGGACAGGCCCCAUAUCUGCCAGCGUUGUGGCAAAGGAUUCCACAAGAAGAAACAUUUAGCGAGACACGAGAAGACCCAUUCUGGGGAGAAACCCUUCCCGUGUCUGACCUGCGGGAAGCGCUUCAGCCGAAAAGACCACCUGUCCCGACACCAGAAAAUUCGGGGGAGCCGGUGCACAGCCAACAGGGAAUCGCAACAGAACAAGAAACUUCCUGGGAGGAACCACAAUCGCUCCGUGGCUAAGGAAUACGGCAGAGAGCAGGUGGUCCAGGGGGGCCGUGCCGUGGCUAGAAGGGCUGAUGUCUUUGACUGGCCUGAUACUGAUCUCUCUGCCCACGAGCCAGCAAUACGACUUCGUAAAGACAGACAGGCCAGUCCAGCGGGGCCAGACAAACAGGACUGGAGUCACCUGAGAGAGAGCCUUUAUAAGAGCAAAGCUUGCGGGGAAAGCUUUAACGAUGGCUACAGUUACCUCAGACAUCAAAGCACCCACGCCGGUGAAAACGCGUACGGAAAGGAUCUUCCUCAGCUCUCCCAGAUGGUCACCGGUCGUUGGACCAACCCGGCCGAGAGCCGAAAUUCUGAGCGCGGUAAGAAUUUCUUCCAAAACCCAGAGCAGCUUACACCCAGGAGGACCCCCAGCGAAGAGAAGCCGUAUAACUGCGAGGAGUGCGGGAUGCGUUUCAGCGACUACCCGGACUUUGUUAUUCACCAGCAGAGACACGAGGAGGAGAACCUGCUCUCCGGCAAUCGGUGGCUGAGCGAAAGCAUGCGCGCUCACAUCGAAGAGAGGCCGUAUGGCUGUACGGAGUGCGGGAAGCACUUCAGCGAGGAAGAGACUCUCCUCCUGCACCAGCGCUCACACAGGGGCAAGUGGCCGUUUCGCUGCUUCAACUGCGGCAAAACGUUUAGUCAGGAAAAGCAUCUCCUGCGGCACGAGAGGUUCCAGCGGGAGUGUUCUAAGGUCGUAGCCGGCAUGUUCUAAGGUCGUAGCCGGCAUGUUCUAAGGCUGUAGCCGGCAGCGUUUCAAGGGUUAAACUGUAACGAGCGGGCCGGCUUAUUGGCCCAGGCACCUUCCCUCCGCCUCCGACGCCGUUCUGAACUUUAGUGAAAUGAGAAGUCCUGGCGCACGGAUCCCACCGGAGCGAUUUCAGAACCUCCCCGCCUACCGUUAAUAAAUCCCUUUUUUAGUUUUUUUUUCCUUUUUGUAUUUAAUACACGUCCAGGAUGGUGAAUAUUAAA